UGGCGGAUAAACAAAGAAGUUACCAAGAACUCAAUGCGGCGUGACGUCAGAUUCGUAUUCUCUAUACCAAAUUUUGAAUUCGAACUGUACACACCAAAUGCUGCGCAAAAAAAUAAAUAUUGACGUAUUUUCAUAUUUUUGUUUAUGACUUUUUGCACCUUUAUCAAACAUUUAAAACAUCAAAAAAAUAAUAUGGAAAAAAUGGCGAUUUCAGCGGUUUUCUAUGGCCAAAUUAGAACCCGGAAAUAGUUUUUCCCGCAAUGUUGAAUGAAAAUUUUCGCGCCAUGUCUCUGGAACCAUACGAGGUAAUCUCUGACAUGAUUUUAAAACACAAAACACACACGGACAUUGCAGAGCACCUGUCUCAACUUGGUGUGGGGCGAGGUUGUUCGGCGAGGAGUGUCAGACGAUUUUGUGCCAGCCAUCGUCUGAGACGGGAGGUUUCUGACACUCAGCUGGAGAUAGCUGUAUCUACAGCAGUACAAGAAGCAGGACCAACCUACGGUCGUAAGUUGAUGACAGGUUUUUUAGCAGCAAAGGGAAUUCGAGCCGCAGAAAGUCGGGUUGGACGAGCCCUCCGGACAAUACAUCGACCAUACCAUGAAAUGCGAUGUAGUGGUGUGCGAAAUCUUAAUCCUAUACCAUACCGUGCUGCUUAUACAGGACACAAACUCCAUUUAGACCAAAACGAAAAGUUGGGCAUGUUUGGAGUUACACAUGUCCUAGCAAUUGAUGGCUAUAGCAGCAAGAUCAUGGGCUAUGCCUGUAUGCCAGUUAAGAAUAACCUCACUAUUUAUGAAGAGGUGUACAGGCCUGCUGUAAUCAACAAUGGAAUGUGGGACCAAAUAAGAGUGGACCAUGGCAAAGAGUUCUUCUUGACUCUAUUUAUUCAAGAAAUCCUUGCUGACCACAGACUGAAUACAGAAUCACCACCAUACCAUCAGACUCAAUCAACAAAAAAUCACACAAUUGAAAGGGUGUGGCCUGAAAUUAAUAACAGGGUUAAUUACCCUUUGAAGGAGGCUCUUGUCCAGCUCGUUGACCAAGAACUCAUUGACAUGGACUGCAGCCUAACAAGAUACUGCGUGUCUAACCUUAGCUGUCAGUUGUGUCAUCUGGGCAUUAGCAGGGUGGUAGAGGCCUGGAGCAACCACAGGAUUCCUGGAAAAGGAAUCCCCAACCAGCUUGGACAGGGUGGUUGUGCAAAAAAAAUCUCAGCAACACUAGUACCCCAUGGAACUGAAGCAGCUGAUCUGUACAUGGAUACACUGGGAUCUUCUUUGACAAGGGUUUCUGCCUUUGGACAGGACCCUUUCACAAGUGAACAUGAAAAGUCUACAGUGGAACAACUGUUUUCAGAGAAGUGGCCAGACAUAAACGAAUUGCUCAAUAAUACAGUCAACAAAAACUUUUUGCCUUUUAAAGAGGCUUUGAUUUUUUUUCUAGUGUCUCUAACCCAAAGAUACUCAUAAAGGCCACACUGGUUGUUAUAUGCUGUAUCAAGUACUCUUUUUAGAAACAUAAAAUGUUAAGCAUCAACAUGAUGCUGAAAAAUGAAAUUAACACAAUCAAACAAGUUUUUUGUUAUUGUUUCAACUGAAUGAGCUGUGUAACAAAACUUUACAUAUCAAAUAAACUAUCAAAUAAACCUCUGAACAGCUAAACAUUUUAAUUGUAAUAACAGCUAAACAUUGUAAUGCAGGCCUACUCUACCUUAAUGAUGUCACUAAGAGCUAACAAAGCUUCAGAAAGACCAGCUGCAACAAAGACAUUGUUACUAAGAUCUUCCUCUCUGCACUUCAAGCACUGUGAUGCAGUAGCCAUCCACUGAUCAACACAAAGUUUGCAUCCAAUCAGGCUUCUACAGCAGGUUGCAAAUAUCGGUUG